GAGCAUCCUCGCAUAAAACAACAGGUGUGUGUUUUCAUUGAACUCCUCGGUGACUGAGAGUGAUUCUGAUAGGCGAAAAAAAGGAUGUUGGAAGGGAAAGCUACAGUCAAAGAAGCAGACAUGCCUUUGAAGAUGCAAAUCCAAGCCAUGUCCUCUGCUUCUCAUGCCCUUGAUCUCUUUGACGUUUCUGAUUGCGUCUCUAUUGCCGCUCACAUCAAGAAGGCGUUUGAUAAGAUGUAUGGAGGUGGGUGGCAAUGUGUGGUGGGUUCCAAUUUUGGGUGCUUUUUCAGUCACUCACCUGGAACUUUCAUCUUCUUCUCUCUGGAAACCCUUAAUUUCCUGAUCUUCAAAGGAGACUCUUCUUAAUCUGGGAACAUCAGAGAGGCUAUAUUACAUAGGCGGUGUUCGAUUCUCUUGAACGGCGAGCAGAGGAUGAUUAUGAACCUUGUACAGAGAGAUAUAAGACUUGUGUAUAUCACAAAGGGACUGAAGGUUGAACUGUCUCCAUCAUCUUCACUAAGCAGAGUUUUCACUUUCCAGAUUCCUAUCCUCUCUGCCUCAAGUGUGUUAGCCAAAAUAGGAGUGUUACGUCAAAAUGACAGAGAGACUUUGUAACGAAUUUGACAUUAAUACAUAUUCUGCCUACCUGCUUCAAAUCCA